AUGAGUGGAAUGAUAGAAAAUGGGUUACAGCUAUCGGAUAAUGCUAAAACCUUACACAGCCAGAUGAUGUCGAAAGGAAUAGGCGCAUUAUUUACACAACAUGAACUCCAAAAACAGAUGGGAAUCGGGUCGUUGACGGACUUGAUGUCCAUUGUACAGGAAUUGCUCGACAAGAAUUUGAUCAAAUUAGUAAAACAAAACGACGAAUUAAAAUUUCAAGGUGUUUUGGAAUCCGAGGCACAAAAGAAAGCCACCAUGUCAGCUGAAGAGGCGUUAGUAUAUUCUUAUAUCGAGGCUAGCGGUAGGGAGGGGAUAUGGUCCAAGACUAUCAAGGCAAGAACCAACCUCCACCAGCAUGUAGUUCUCAAAUGUUUGAAAAGUUUAGAAUCCCAAAGGUACGUGAAGAGUGUUAAGAGUGUGAAGUUUCCUACAAGGAAGAUCUACAUGUUGUACAGUUUACAACCGUCUGUGGACAUUACAGGAGGACCAUGGUUCACGGAUGGAGAGUUGGAUAUAGAGUUCAUCAACAGUUUAUUGACUAUUGUUUGGAGAUUCAUAUCGGAGAACACCUUCCCUAAUGGCUUCAAGAAUUUCGAAAAUGGGCCCAACAGAAACGUCUUUUAUGCUCCAAACGUAAAGAACUACUCUACUACACAAGAAAUUCUGGAAUUUAUUACAGCGGCACAGGUAGCCAACGUCGAGCUAACUCCUUCAAAUAUCAGAUCUCUGUGCGAAGUCCUAGUGUACGACGACAAGCUGGAAAAGGUCACGCAUGACUGCUAUAGAGUGACCUUGGAAAGCAUUUUACAAAUGAACCAAGGUGAGAGCGAACCGGGGGCAGAUAACAAAGCUUUAGAGGAUGAAGAAGAUUUUUCCAUCUUUAACUACUUCAAGAUGUUUCCGGCCUCCAAGCACGACAAAGAAGUGGUCUAUUUCGAUGAGUGGACAAUCUGA